AUGGAUCCAAAUCUUAUACCUGGACCUCUUGAUGUAACUGAUGAUAUUGGGCUUUAUCCCCUGAUAAUUCAUGAGGAGAUGCUUGGUCAAUAUCCCUACCACAAACGCACCACAUAUAAUCAAGACAUAAUCAAGUAUGAGUGCCCAAUCGUCGGAUGCCAAGCCUGUGUCAAGUAUCAAGCUAUUCAAAAUGGCGUUCAAAAGAUUCUUUUCAUCAAAAAUGUUCAUGAUCAUCGCCUUGGACUGCCAGCACCCCGAAUGUACAGUUCCUCAAUUCUUCGCGAGUAUCUUCGUCGCUACUUUUCUCAUGAUGGAACACAAUAUGAAGCGCUUCUUCAUGCAUUUCAUGAACUCGGAAUCCCAUAUCAAAAUGGUACAAUUCCUUUAAUGUAUUCUCAAGAUGUCGAGUCCUUAAAAAUGCUUGCUUAUCGUAAUGAUUGUAUUAAGAAUUUAUGA